AUUAUGUGCCGUCCUCCUCCCAGCAGCCUCCACUGGACUUCUCUCGUUGUGUCCAAUGAGACAACGUACUGCGAAGACAUCAGUUUCAUAUCAAAUUACAUUAUUUAGUUAAAGGACUAUUGGGAGAUAAUUGUGUCCUUAAUUACGAUAAAACUUGACUGCAUCUGUCUAACUCCGCGAGACUACCUUCUCUAUUGUCGUCUCUCUUCUGCACCAUUAUCGCGAGGUUUGAUCAGCUGUUAGGUCUGUUGUUAGAGUCUAGUGCUUGGACGGUCAACACGUGGGGAGGAUAGAGAAAGAGACACAGACACAGUGUAGGGGAACACGUUGGGAUUGAGUUGGGCCCGGAAAACGUAACAUAUCACGAUCAUUUAAUUCACUGUGGCGGCACGGUAGACGUUUAAAUACUGUGUAGCUGCUAGCGUCCUGAGGAGAUGCCACUGAGGUUCCGGUCUAUUGUCCCGUACACGCUGCCUGGCGUGCUGGCGCUUAUAGGCUGGUGGUGGUACAUCUCGCGCAAGAAAGAGCGAAUCACCAACCAUGACAGUGAGGAGGGGGCAGCGGCCAUGGGCCUGCUGGCGUCCCCGGCCCCCAGUGACGGCAGCAACGGCCUGGUAGAGAAAGGGAUAGUGUCCCUCUGCGCCAAAGCCACUACCCCCACAACCAGCAGCUGCAGAGAGAGAACAGCCAGUGGCAGAGUCAGACCAUCCAAGGCCAAAGAGCAAAGGUCAACAGAACAGGAGGUCGUAGCACAGAUUCACAUCCCGGCCAUUAAGGCCCAGGCAGUAGAGGUACAGAGUACAUGUUCACCUACAGAGAGGACCUCCCACCACCCAGACAGAGCCAACGCAGUCACAGACCCUUGUGUAGAUAGGUGCCAACAGACACCCAGGAACAGUUCUUCUCCUGCAGCCUCACCCUUACCAACACAGACCAGGAAGGAGAGCUGGGCUCUCCAGGGAGAACACGGAGCCACUGGGCAGAGACCGCCAGUCGCCAUUGCCUAUGUUACAAAGCCGGUGAAAUCAACGUUUACUGAGCAGGUCCCUGCUUCAGUGAAGGAGGCCACAGCAUCAGAAGCACUUGUACUCUCCCAGAAGGCCCAUGCCACGACUAGUUCCUCCACAGCAGCAGACCUGAUGAAUGCAGAGAGGCCUGAGCCAGAGGGGGAGGUGGCAGCAGCACAUGAGGCAGCAGUGGCCUUCACCCAGAACCUACAAGUGGAGCUGGUGGCUAAAGAUGCCCUCCUGGUCCCCUCCAGCAGUACCAAAGAUGAGCUGCCCUCCUCGUCCUUCAUCCCAGCUGAGACACCGGCCCAGGCACUGAAAGUAGUCACACAUGAGCCUCUUUUCCCAGAGACCCCCACAUCUUCGCAGGGCUACCAUGCUGUUGUGACUAGUACUUCGGCCUUCCCAGCCCAAGGCCCCCAGCAGGAGAACGGGGCCCCCUGCAGCAGCGAGGAGCUGGAGGACCUGGCAGCAGGUCUGAUCACUGAGGUCAUCUGGGCAGCCACCCAGGAGGUCCUCAGUGUUACCUCCUGUCCAGAGACCUGGCUCGGCCAAUCCGCUGCUGAGCCCUGCUGCAGAAGCACCCCGCUGGCCAAUGGGAGGCCAUGCUCUGAGCAAGAGCCACUCACAAGGAACAUGGAGGAAGGGCCCUCCCCAAUAAGCCACGCUGAGACGGAGUGGAGAGUGCAGCAGAAAGAAGGGAUGCCCAACGGUUGCCUGCCCGCCCCGGCAUGGGAGCCAAUGGGGACAGCAAACGCACUGAAUAACCCCUGGGCGGCAGCAGCAGCAUCCUCGCAGGAGGGGAGGCGUGAGGCCAGCAGCGUACCUGUCAACCUGGACAAACUGAAGGGAAAUGAAGGGGCGAUGGUGGCCGAGGACUCAGCCUGCAGUACGUGCCACUCUGAGGAUGGGGUCAGCAUUGAGGACCAGCAGAGCAGGGAGAGCCAGGAGGAUCUGAUCCAGGUGUCAGGGAUGUCUGAGGGGGAGGGUGGUCUGCGCCAGGCCCCAGAAGAGGUAGUGCCCACGGAACAAGUGAUGGCAGCCCUACCAGGCCAUGUGCUGGGGGCUGUUGGCGAAGUGAAGAGGCUCAACGGGAUGGCCCUGAGGAACGGUUCUCACGGGAUGAGUGAGACUGAGACCGAUCAGUCUGGAGGCUCGGAUGUGAACAGUAUGGACUCGGUGGAUAGUGGCUGCACCAUGGGGGCUAGGGACAGUAGUGGCAGCCCUGCCAUGGCUCUGGGCUCUGAACUUAUCGUUUGGGAGAUUGAGGUGCCAAAGCAUCUGGUGGGUCGGUUAAUUGGGAAACAGGGGCGAUACGUGAGCUUCCUGAAGCAAAGCUCUGGUGCAAAGAUCUACAUCUCCACCCUGCCUUACACUCAAGAGUUCCAGAUCUGCCACAUAGAGGGCUCCCAGCAGCAGGUGGACAAAGCAUUGUCCCUGAUCGGGAAGAAGUUUAAGGAUUUGAACCUGACCAACCUCUAUGCCCCCCCACCUCUGCCGCUCACGUUGCCCUCGCUGCCCAUGACCUCCUGGCUCCUGCUCCCCAGCGGUGUGACCGUGGAGGUGAUCGUAGUGAACAUUGUAUCGGCGGGUCACCUCUUCGUCCAGCAGCACACACACCCUACGUACCACGCCCUGCGCAGCCUGGACCAGCAGAUGUUCCUGUGUUACUCCCAGCCAGAGACACCCACCCUGCCCUCGCCUGCUGAGGUGGGGGUGAUCUGUGCGGCGCCGGCGGUAGAGGGAGCCUGGUGGAGAGCCCAGGUCAUCUCCUUCUACAAAGAGACCAGCGAGGUUGAGAUCCGAUAUGUGGACUACGGCGGCUAUGACCGAGUGAAGAUUGACACACUACGGCAAAUAAGGUCAGACUUCGUAACAUUACCGUUCCAAGGUGCAGAAGUAUUACUGGACAACAUCGCCCCUCUUCCAGGAGAGAAGAGCUUUUCAACCGAGGCCUCCUCUGCACUGGAGGAGAUGACGAGAGGGGUAGCACUGCUUGCACAGGUCACAAACUACGACAACAACACUGGUCUCCCAUUGGUCCAGAUGUGGAACAUGGUUGGAGAAGAGCUGGUAUCAGUUAACCGCACGCUGGCAGAGCGAGUGUUGGGUACCUGGGUGGACAGCUUUUGAACCUCGCUGCCCCCCACCCAUCAACCCCUUCUCAGUUUUACCACACCCCUCCUAGAUCCCUUCUUCUGACCUAAUCUCUGGAGUCUGACCCAACCAGCCCUCCAGAAACACCCAUAACACUUCAAUGGAACAACACAACCACUGGAUUUGGGAAUAAUUUGUUUUUUGGGGGGGCUUUUUUACACCAGAUUUCACAAAGAAAUAAAAAUGGUUGUAUGCAGAAAAAAUAUGAAGUACUGCUUCAGAAUAAGCCAACUCCCCUCCUCUCCUCCCCCACACACCAAAAUAACUUAAAGAAGGAAAAUAAAGUACUUGUACAUUUUAAAAAUAGAUCUAUAUUGUAACUAAAGGUCGAUCUGAUUUUUCGUCCUACCUGACAUUUCACUCCACAACUUUGCCUGUGGAUUCUCAUCAUGCUGUGGAUGUAUAACUCAACUCAAUAGGAAACAGUGUCAAUGGAGAACUAACCUCACUAUCAGCUGUAAUUACAUGUAUACACUUGUAUAGUGAUAUGAAAGGAAUUGGGCUGAGUGGGGGGUUUCUAUAUUAUUGUACGUAGUGCAGUAGCCAGUCCCCAUCUGGUCUCAUCAUGACAGCCGUGGACAUACAGGCCUGGGGGGCUAAGAAUGGCGUCUGGAUUCAUGGUUGUGACUGACGCCCUCGUCUGUGGAGACAAAUGUAGAUCUCAGCUUUUUUGCCGCUAACCACAGUCAAGGAAAUGGACAGGGUGGGGGAUUCCUUUCUCCGACCACCGGACUUGGGUGAGUGACUGGGAGAAUGUGCAGAACCGGGAUCCCAGGAGUCGCGUGAAGGCCUGCUCAUCUGCCCUGGCCUCUCCAGUCUGUACAACACUGUGGCCUUAUGGAGAAACCAAACGGGCUUCCUUUUCUGGGAUCUCCAACUGACCUGCAAGCAGACCAGCCUGACCCCUCUUUCCCCAUGCAAUCGCUGGUUGCCUUCAGCGUCUAUCCAUUGUCCUGCCUGGCAUCUCAGCUGAUGCACUCACCACUACAUUUCAGAUCCACUACUGUUGUCUGGCACUGGAGUUGUCGAGUAGUCUGGGACAUGACAUGGAAGGGUAGGGGUGCACUAGCUCCCCCCCCCCCCCCCCCCCUUCUUGACUGACUCCAGGGGCCUCGUGCAACUCUUGGUGCAACUGUUUAAGGACUUAGAGAGGACACCACUGUGCGGUUAACAUUGGUGUGUGUGUGUGGAAACACUACAGCCACGGACAGGCCUCUGAUACCUGACCAGGAACUCUUACAAAGCAUCUUACGUUAGCCCUGCUCAGUCAGGAUAGGCCCAGUGCUUAUAUUAAAAUCAGUCUGUCUUCUAAUAUGCAUGUUAACCUGCCCAGGUCUGCGUCCCUCUUAUCGUCUUCACUGUGUUUUCUUCUACAUACUUUUACCCCGUAACAUUAUUACACUUUACAUUUGUGCAGUUGCAGUUUCCAUACUUACAAGCAGUUUAAUUGAUCCAAAAUGAAGUCUUGCUGACAACACGAGGGUUGACUGUGUUUUUGUAGCCCCUUUGCACUGUGGGAAAUUAGGUCCUUGACGGUACCGGUCCUCUUCACUCAGCAGCGUAUGAAAGUGCAGUAUAGAGAAAGUGAGCCAUGAGAAUCAGUCUCUCACACUGCAGAUAUUAUUGUAAAAGAUGGCUUUAUACUGUAUAUCUGCUUUGGUCUUGUUGGGUUUUGCAUAGGAAUUAAUUGCUUUGUCAUUUAUUGAACAGAAUACACUUAAAUAUUUAACUGCUUAUUUUUCCUGAUGGGUGGUGUUGUCGUCCUCCCCCCGAAUUGAAUUGCUCUGGUAAUAAGACAGCUUCCGUCCCUCUGCUUGGUCUUAUUGAAGUUAAGAACCAGGAUAGAUUUUGGAUAGUACCUAAUGGUUUCGCUUGACUAUUCCUGCAUUACUAUUAAACUUGACAGCGUUGGCAUGUAAAUCACAUGACAAUACUUACCUCCUAUACAUAUUGAUCACAUAGGUUAACUGCACUUUAUCAACCUUGCUACUAGAGUAUAUAUUUCACACAUUUUGUGGGAUUGAUUGAACCAUGUUUCAGGAAUGGUUAGUUAUGAGGUUGAUGCACAUGCUGCUAGUUCAGAAGGCAGCUGUUGCAAGGUGUUUUUUAAAGUCAGUUAUUAGUCAGUCCGGUGUUGGUACUGUAUCUCCCCUACCUGAUAACUGUUAAUGUUUCUAGAACCAUAGGAAAUAAGGCUUCUAGCUACUAUAUUGAACAUGAGCUGAAAUAAAAUAACCCAGAAAUGUUCCAUAUGCACAAAAAGCGUAUUUCUCUCAAAUGUUGUACACAAGUUUGUUUCCAUUUGUGUUCGUGCGCAUUUCUCCUUUGCCAAGAUAAUUAAUCCACCUGACAAGUGUGGCAUAUCAAGAAGCUGAUUAAACAGCAUGAUCAUUACACAGGUGCACCUUGUGCUGGG